UUUUUAAUAUUAUUAACGUAACCGCACAAAUAACAAAUCACAAAUAAACGAAUAUCUAUUUUACAUAAAGUUUCCGCUUUUAUCCAUCAAUUUAAUAGGCUGAAAAUAUAAUUUGUGGCAUUACUUAAUUAUGAUUGAAUUUAUGCGAAAUCGUCACGUUAAAUAUUUCACACAUUGUCUGAAGAUGUUGCUACCCUCCAGUUGUUCAUCGUUGGACACCAACAGGUUGACGUUGGGCUUCUUCAGCAUAUCAGGGUUGGAUGUGAUGGGUGAGUUGGAUGUUGUUCUGACAAAGAUACAAAAAGAUGAAUUGAUUGAUUGGAUUUAUUCACAUCAAAUCCAACUUAAUUCUGAUGGUUCAAAUGCCAACCUGGUUGGAUUCAGAGGUUCAUCUGCCAGUGGUUCUGUCCAGAAUGAUAUGAACCACAUUGCCAUGACCUACUCAGCCCUCCUCUCCCUCCUCAUUCUGGGGGAUGACCUUGGGAGAGUCAACAAGUCUAACGUCAUUUGGGCACUGAGAAGUCUGCAGUUGCAGGAUGGCAGUUUCUUGGCAACACACGAAGGCUCCGAAUCAGACAUGCGCUUCAUAUACUGCGCGUCAAUCAUUUGCUACGUGCUUGCUGAUUGGUCCGGUAUGGAUGUCCACGCCUCCGUAGAUUUUAUAAGAAAGAGUCUGACGUAUGAAGGAGCAUUUGCACAAAGUCCAGGAUUAGAAGCACAUGGUGGCAGUACAUACUGCGCCGUGGCCUCUCUUGUUUUAAUGAACAGACUCUCAACUACUCUGUCCUCCAAAGAAAUUAAAAGAUUGUUGCAGUGGUGCAUGUUCAGGCAGGAGUCAGGCUUCCAGGGGCGGCCCAACAAGCCAGUGGACACCUGCUACUCCUUCUGGGUCGGAGCCACUCUUAAGUUACUUGACUCAUACAGCAUGAUUGACAAGGAAGCCAACCGAACAUACCUGAUGGAAACACAGGACCUCAUCAUUGGCGGAUUCUCAAAGUGGCCCAAUCAUAGUCCCGAUGCCCUACACGCCUACUUUGCCAUCUGCGGUCUGUCUCUAAUGAACGAACCGGGCCUCCAGCAGAUGCAACCUGCCCUCAACAUCUCCGUCAGAGCUGCCCACUGGUUGGACAACAUACAUCAAGACUGGAAAACAAGAUCUGUCGCUGGAGAUCCAUUCCUAGUGCCGUCAUUAUCACCAGCAUCGUUAACACCAUCGUCAUCUUCAUCACUCCAACAAACAUCCUUGAUAUCGUUAUCAUCAUUACUGACUUCGUUACCACUACCGACGACUUUACAGACGUCACCAUUGACGUCAUGGUCUACAUUUGCUGAUAACCAAUAAAAUCAUUCCUCAUUUGAUUGAUCGGUUGACUGGCUGGUUGAUUGGUUGGUUAGCUGAUUGAAGGCUCGUUGGUUGAAUCACUGAUUGGCUCGUUGGCUGGUCGAUUGAUUGAUUGGUUGAUGAAUUUUUUCAUUAAAUAACUCUUUCACCUAUUCAUUCUUCUAAAUUGAAACUCCAAUUGAAGUUUGUUUGUGAUUUAGAUUUUUAGGCUUUUUGAUUUUAUACUUCUGGCGUCAUUUAUUAUUUAGAAUGCGCUUUUUUUACAUAAUGGAAGAUUUCUAAAAAAUAUUGUUUUUCUUAAAAAUUGUUCCUCGUUUUAUCGAUUUCACAUUUCAUAUUGUCAAAAUUGUCUCGAGUUUUUAGACAUCACCAGUUUGCUGUUAAGUUAACUUUUAUUAAAAUAUUCAAAUGCAAUUAUUUUGUCCAAAAUGUAGUUAGUCAGACAUGAAAGAUGUGAAAUAUGAAAUGAGUGAAAGAUAAUGUUAGUUUGAAAUCAAGACGUUUUAUCAGUGGAUUAGUGCAAAAUCAAUGAGACCGGCUUGGAGCUCUCUGAGCUACCAAUAGACAUUUUAAUUGAAUAAUUAAUUGAAUAAUUAAUCAAUUACCUCAUUUUCAUUUUUACGAUAAUGUUAAGAAAUCAACGAUCUUACGUUUAAAUCAAUCAAUCAAUCAAUC